AUGCAUUUAGUCCUUGAUUAUUCGGGGUCAGGAAAACAGCACCAUAAUGAAAUUAGGGUUGGCUUGUUUGAGCGUUAUUACCCUGAUUUUAGGGACAACAACGGUAUCGCAAGGGUUUGAACUAGACUGGAGUGACCCACGGUAUCAAGAAUUAUACGAGCACAGAUUCGAAUUUCAAGACUGGUUCCUCCAAGGAUUUUAUGGUCGACGAGGACAAACGCGAAAUCCCAUCACAUGCGCCCUAUGUGAAACUGCUCUGUCAGUUAUAAUCGGCUGGAUUCGAAAUGGAGAGCCGCUAGAGCAAGUUACCACCAAAACCAUCGAACUCUGCAAAUCCUUGAAUAUUGUUACGGAAGAUAUUUGUGAUAUGGUCGUCCCCAUCUAUGCGGAUCCAUUGUACUACAUGGUUACUCGCCACAGUUGGAUCACCGUAUUUGAUGCAUGUGGAAUUGUUCUAGGAGGAGAUUUACUUCCGGGAUGUUUUAACAUGAACCAUACUAUGACGGAUUGGGUCAUCGACUUGGAUUAUGAGAUGAGGCCUCCAGUGAUUGAGCAUCCACUUGUCCCGGCUGUCCCAACCGUCAAAGUUAUCCAACUCACCGAUAUCCAUCCAGAUCUUCAUUACGUAGAAGGAUCACUAAAUGAUUGUGGUAAACCUUUAUGCUGCCGACCUGACCCUCGUGAUGAUCCCACCAACAGUUCCAUCGCUGCAGGACCCUGGGGCGACUUUCUCUGCGAUUUUCCCAUGACAAGUACUCGGAACGUGUUCAUUGAGGCUGCCACAACACAUCCGGAUGCCGACUUUGUGCUCAUGACAGGAGAUUUAGUUCAUCAUCAAAUCUGGAAUACAACCGUUGAAGACAACAUGUCCCAUUACGUGGCUUUCAUCAACGCAUUAAUGGAAGCUUUCCCCAACACGCAGAUUUAUCCAGCUCUCGGAAAUCAUGAGCCACAUCCAUGUAACAUGUUCCCACCUUCAGACGUUUGGGCUGACUAUGACCUCGCUUGGAUGUACAACUUUCAUGGCGAUUUGUACCAAACUCAGCUUACUGCGGCGGCAUUAGCUACUUUUCGCCGAGGAGGAUAUUACACACAGAUACACAAACCAGGUUUCCGAAUUGUGACCUUAAAUACAAACUUUUGUUACACCAACAAUUUUUGGAUUCUUUGGAACGCUGCUGAUCCUGAAGAACACUUGCAGUGGUUCUCAAACACAAUGUAUGCUGCUGAACGGUCAAACGAAAAAGUUUGGAUUGUAGGACAUGUUCCUCCAGGCGGCAAGGAUUGCUGGAGUAAAUGGAGUUCCCAAUUCCUCCGAGUUAUCAACCGAUAUCAAAACAUAAUUCUGGCCCAAUUUUACGGACACACGCAUAAUGACGAAUUCAAAAUCUUUUUCGAUGACUCGAGGGACCCACCUCAACCAACAGGAUCUCUAUGGAUUGGGGCCAGUGUCACACCUUACACUGACUUGAAUCCUGGAUACAAAGUAUUUUAUGCUGACGGUGUCCGAGAAAAUGCAACCUGGCAAAUUACCGAUCAUGAAACUUAUGUCUACGAUUUGGCUGCUGCAAACGAAGCUGGGUCCUCUGUCCUUCCAGCCUUUUACAAAGAAUACUCUGCAAAGGAAGCGUACGCUGUUGAAGGAUUUACACCUGCCAAUUUGUGGGAAUUUGUUAAACGGAUGGCAGUGGAUGAUGCAUUAUUCCGCACUUAUUACAGGUACUGGUACAAGGACUCUGGAAAAGAAGAGUUUGACACUGACUGUCCAUCCACCGGAGACGUGUCGCAAUGCAAAUUCGAAUUCCUAUGCGAAAUUGUAAACACAGAUUAUACGAACAAGCAUUGUGAUAUUCUCAAAGGCCUCGCUGCAGCUGCAACUGCACAGUAAUUCAUUCAUUCUGGUUACGAAAUAGAUAGAUGAUAGAAUUCUGUUCGGCUGUUGCAACUGCAAGCUAUUUAUUGCAGCCAAUAUAAAAUAUGUCCUCAACAAAAUACAAAUCAGUUUACUACAGCUGCAUAAUAAAUGCAAUGUUUCGCUUAAUCAGCAUUGCAAAACUGUU